UCCGCUUCCGCCGUCCGACGUCUCUCGUUACCGAGCGCCUAAUCGAUUGUGCCGAUUCUUACUUCGGACCUUUGCUAAACACCGCCGUAGCAUCAUACCCUGCUCUACUCCUAGGGUCCCCGGCAUGCACUUAUGAGUUGAAUCCGCGUCGCUGUUCCCCCGCUCGCAGCUCGCGCAUCCGCUUUCACCUCCACUCGCCUCCUGCCCGAGCUCCGUAUCGGCUCCCCCGUGCCGGAGCUCUCGCCCCGUCUCUGCGAUGCCAGUGCCGCAGCACGUCCUGAACUGGCUUUACAGUAUCUUGACAAGCGAAUACCACGAUGUGAACCGCACCUACAACGAUGUAGCCCAGGCGCUGUCCCACUACCCAUCUCUGUCACCGCGCACCGACGUUCACACUUACGAUAAUGGCUCGUCAGCCCUUCUUCUCCGCCUAUCUGGCACUAUACCCGUCAUAUUCAGAGGCACCACAUACCGCUUCCCUAUAUCCGUCUGGGUUCCUCAUGCCUACCCAAGAGAAGCUCCGUUGGUCUAUGUCACUCCAACAGAGUCCAUGAUGGUGCGCCCUGGUCAGCAUGUAGAUCCUCAGGGUCAGGUCUAUCACCCAUAUCUCGUAGGCUGGGCCGCCUUCUGGGAUAAAUCCACGAUUCUCGACUUUCUGGCCAUCUUGAGAGAUGUCUUCGCCAAGGAGCCACCAGUCAUUGCUCGGCCGCAAGGCUCACAGCAACCACCACCCCCCGCGGCAUCACGCCCACCGCAGUCCCACGCCCAAACACCACCCCCUAUCCCGCCUCUUCCACAUGAGUUGGCAGCUCGUCCGUCAAGCCGCCCACCUACGCAAACGCCUACAGAUGCAUCGCGGCCUCCGCCUCCGCCGCCCAAAACAUCAGGCACUGAACCAUACAGAAGCCCGCCACCGCCAAUAGAUGCCAGACACGGCCCCCCUCUCCCACCUCUACCCUCUGGCGCCGCUCGUCAAAGCAUCCAUGGAGACCUCAAUACCCAAGUGUCGAAUCGUCCACAAAGCCAAGCGACCUCUCGUUACGACUCAGCACCGCCGCUACCACCCGUGCCAUCCUCUCAUCCACAGCCGCCGCCCCCCGUCUCGUCUCCACACCAUACUGGAGAGACUGCACAACAACAGCAAUUCCAUGCGGGACAUCCUCCUCAAUCUGUUACUCCCCGUCAUUCGGCCGUCCUUCCGCCUUUCCAGCAACCGCCUCAACAAUAUGGAGGACCACCUCCAGGUUGGCAACCGGCCGGGCAGUAUCAAGGACCACCGCCGCCGCAUCAACUACAGCAGCACCCGCCGCCACAACAGCAGGUUGCAAAGCCUGUGCCGCCGCCAGAUUUGCUCGAUGAACCUCUCACACUAAGCAUACCUUCGCCAUCGUCCGUUCCCGCGCCGCCGAUUCCUCCGAACCCGGAAAAGGACGCUUUACUUCACCAACUGGCACAAACGCUUCACUCCCUUCGCCAACGUAGCAGACAGCAGAAUGACUCCAGCAUGGCAGGCUUGCAGGCGCAACGUACAGCUAUGAUAUCUGCCUUCUCGACACUUCAGUCGGAGAUGGGGACACUUAAUCAAACGUCAGGGUUGCUUCAGUCCAACGCUAAUAUUCUGGUCGACGCGCUGCGAAAGGCCGACUCUGUUAUAGAGGGAUCAACACGGCAAACUGCGCCUGACAUUGACGAGCUUCUGGUAGCGCCCACAGUCGUCGCUAACCAGUUAUACGCUUUGGUGGCCGAAGAGAAGGCCAUUGGGGACACCAUUUUUGUCUUGGGCCGAGCCGUGGAACGCGGAAGGAUAUCACCCGCAGUAUUUGCUAAGACGACUCGUUCCCUUGCUCGGGAGUGGUAUCUCAAGAAAGCUCUGGUUCGCAAAAUUGGAAAGGGGAUGGGGCUAACAGCCUAGUCGAGUAGAAUCGUAACGCUCUAAUAUUAUGAGGUUUCAGUACACUAAGUACUUUGGCAGACCAAGA